AUGGCUGUGUUUCCAAUGAAGCAGACACACUCUCAGAAGAAGAAUGACCAGUGCGACACUAUGGAAGCGCCCGGCGCUCAGCUCAUAGCCAGGCUGGGCUCCAAUACUCCAGAUAUUCUGGUCAGCAACACCACCGUACUCAAGGAUGACGACCAUGUGGUAGACCGUAUCCAACAUGCGCGGAAGCAAACCUUCCAGGAUCUCGUACAACGGCAAGCUCUCUAA